CACAGACUUUUCCGUCAGUUUCACAUUGGUAAUCCCCAGAUAGGUACAGAACUACAGGUAGCAAUCUAUGAAAUCGGCCCAAAAAGAAUGCACAAACGUUUCGAGAAAAUUUGCAGUCACACGAUCACAUUUGUUGUAGAAGUCGGAGUCGAGAGGUGCUGAAACGGAAUCUGCUGCAGGACUUGGAGGGGUGCUUGGAAGAUUUGAAUUGGAGAGAGAGUCAGGACCAUGGAUAAUCUGAAGAUUGAGCAGAAGGUGCUGAUCCGGCGCUCAGACGGAAGGGUGCAUAUGGCCAAGAUCCUCAAGCUGGACGGCAGCGGCAACAAGAUGGUCACCGUAGAGUGGGUCGAGGGGCACGUGGUGCGCGGCAAGGAGCUGCCUGUGGAGGUACUGAUGCUGACCAAUCCACAGCUUUUUGAUGCCCCGCGACGCAGUCCAGAUGUUCCGGAAGUGGGGGUCCGCGCGGAGGGAACCAACCAAACUGCCUCCAUUCGUCCCCGUUCGAUGGUGCUCGGCGGAGUGAAGAACCGCCUGCUGGAGAAUCUCAUGAAGGCCCGUGUGGCGAACCCCCCGCCACGUCUGCCCUCCAUUCGCAGGGACAGGGUGAUGGCCCCACCAGUCGAGCGGGUGCGGACUAAUAUCGAUCGGGUGCGGGAGCAAAGGGAGCGGAGACGCGAACAAACUGCUCGGACCCGCGAGUUGAAGGACCAGCAGCGGAAGGAGGACCCCGGAAACCCCAACUGGGAGAUUGACAGGAUGAUCCGGCAGCAGAAGCAGGAUAUAAUGAACCAGCCCAUGAAGGCUUCCGAGUCGAAGGAGCCGCGGAAGCAGCACGAGAUCCUGGUAUGUGUCCGGAAGCGACCUUUGAACCGCAAGGAGAUGGCCCAGCGGGAGCUGGACGUGAUCAGUGUGCCCAACAACGAGUGCCUGGUGGUGCACGAGCCGCGCAAGCAGGUCAACCUGAUCAAGUACGUGGACAACCACUCGUUCCGGUUCGAUUACGUCUUCGACGAGGAGUGCUCCAAUACCACGGUCUACCAGAAAACAGCCCGUCCGCUGGUGCAGCACGUCUUCGAGGGCGGCAUGGCCACCUGCUUCGCCUACGGGCAGACUGGGAGCGGCAAGACUUACACCAUGGGUGGUGAGUUCCACGGGCGGCAGAAGAGUCCCGGCGACGGGAUCUACGCCAUGGCAGCAAAGGACUUCUUCGCACUGCUCUCGACGCCGCCCUACGCAGCCCUGAAGCUGAAAGUGUGCUGCAGCUUCUUCGAGAUCUACGGCACCAAAGUGAGUGACCUGCUCAUGCCGGGGAAGCCCAUCCUGCGAGUCCUGGAGGACGGCCACAGACAAGUCCAAGUGGUGGGCCUCACAGAGAAGCCCGUGACCAGCACCAACGAAGUCCUGGCCUUCCUUGAGCUGGGCAACAGUGUCCGCACCUCGGGCCAGACUUCGGCCAACUCCAUGUCCUCCCGGUCACACGCCAUCUUCCAGAUCCUCCUGCGCGCCUCGCAGAACAACCGCUUGCACGGCAAGUUCUCCCUGAUCGACCUGGCUGGAAACGAGAGGGGGGCAGACAACUGCUCCGCCAACCGGCAGACCCGGCUCGAAGGCGCGGAUAUCAACAAGUCGUUGCUGGCGCUGAAGGAGUGCAUCCGCGCCCUGGGGCAGCGUAACUCCUCGCACCUGCCCUUCAGGGGCUCCAAGCUCACCCAGGUCCUGCGCGACUCGUUCAUCGGGGGCAAGAAGGUGAAGACCUGCAUGAUCGCCAUGAUCUCUCCGGGCCUGCAUUCGGUGGAGCACACCCUGAAUACCCUGCGCUACGCGAAUCGGGUCAAGGAACUCACAGUCGAGUUGGUAACCCGCCGGACACCGAACACCGUGGAGGCCAUGCCACAGUCCUCUUCCGGGGACGACGAGACACCCACCACCGAUCCCGGCUCUCAGCCAGACGUCAUCUAUUCCAGCACCGUGCCGGAGCAGUAUCCCCUGGCCAAGUCGUCCACCUCGCUGGCCAAGGACGUGGGCCGAGUCAUGCGCGAGAGUCCUGCGCGUCAAGGAACCAGCCUCAACGAUCUGAACGUUCCCCAGCGACGGGUCCCCAAGCUUCCCGCUGCUCCCAACUAUGUGCGGCCCGCCCGCGACACCCGGCAUCCAUCCACCAUCCUCCUGGCCAACUCUCUGGCCACGUACCGCGGAAGCAACUUUCCAUAGGUACUCGGGCCGCGAACGCCAAUCGAACUCCUCAAUCGAAUUCUACAACAGCCAUUUUGUUCGGACUCACGACCAACGCAUUGAGGCACUUCCCCCGAACACAUCCUCCACAAAUAAACUGGCUCUUCAUACCCCCGUCAAAAUUCAUUGUGUGCCUAGGAAAUAAAUACCCUAUAUGUAGGAAGCAUA